AUGGACUGCAACAUGAGAUCUCCGUUGCCGUGGGACUGGGAGAAUUUGAUCAUGUCCAAUCCGUCAAAGACCGAGAAUGACAAGAAGCAGCUCUCUACUGAGUGGGAGAUUGAGCGUGGUGAAGGAAUUGAAUCUAUAGUUCCAUAUUUCUCAAGCUUUGAGAGAGUCAAAACUGGCUCCGCCACCAGUUUCUGGCACACUGCUGCUGCAUCGAAAAGCUCACAGUCGACCUCUAUCAACUCAUCAUCUCCCACAGUCAAGCGGUUCAAGCUUGGACCAGAAAGCUCCCCUGGAGGAGAUUCUUGCAGCAACUUGGAUUUUGUCAAGGACAAGGCAUCCACAACUCUUGAGGUAUCUGUUGCCUCUGCUGAGUCAGAUCUUUGUUUGAAACUAGGAAAGCGGACAUACUCUGAAGAACUUUGGGGCAGAAACAACAAUGACAUCUCCCCCGUUUCUACGAAGCUGUUGACUCCAUCUGUUGUUGCUCGGAAGAAAUCCAAAUCGUGUGGUCAGAGCAUGCAAGUCCCUCGUUGCCAGAUCGAUGGAUGUGAACUUGAUCUCUCAUCUGCCAAGGACUAUCACCGUAAGCACAGAGUCUGUGAAAACCAUUCAAAGUUCCCAAAAGUCUUUGUGAAUGGCCUUGAACGUCGUUUCUGUCAACAGUGUAGCAGGCUCCAUGCCGUCUCUGAAUUUGAUGAGAAGAAAAGAAGCUGCCGCAAACGUCUGUCUCAUCAUAAUGCAAGGCGUCGCAAGCCACAAGGAAUGUUUCCACUGAAUCCAGAGAGGGUGUACGAUCGAAGACAGCAUACAAGUAUGUUGUGGAACGGCUUGUCCCUUAACACGAGAUCUGAAGAAAAGUAUGCGUGGGAUACCACUUAUGAAACAAAGCCUGAAAGCGGCUUUACUCUGAGCUUCCAGAGAGGUAAUGGCUCCGAGGAGCAGUUGUUUGCUGGUAGCAGCCGCUCUUUCUCUGCGUUUCAAACCUCUGGCGGGUUCUCGGCAGGGAAGCCCAAGUUUCAACUUCAUGGCGAAGGUGUGGGAGAAUACUCAGGAGUCCACCAUGAAUCUCAAGAAUACCACCGUGCUCUCUCUCUUCUGUCAACCUCUUCGGAUCCUCUGGUGCAACCGCAUGGGCAGCCACUUUCUCUACUCUUUUCGUAUGAUAGUGUACCAAAAUAG